AAUAAUGUUGAAUAAUUAAAAUGUUCAAUCAAAUGUAUGUCACUAUUAUUAAAGUGUGUAUGAGAUUUAGUAAUACUAUCUUGCGUGUUUCACAUGUUACUGUUCCGCGACAAAGAUUAGUUGAAAAAUGAGACGUUAAUGUUAGCGCCAAAAAAAUGUCACCGAGAAUGAAACAUGCAUGGACAUGUAACACCACACGACGGCGGAACUCGCCGGAGCAACUCUUAUCCGCCCUCGAAUCAACCACCGGAACCCAACACUUCAACCAAAUUCACACCCAACUCAUCAUCAAUAAUCUCAUUCAACAUCCUCUUCUCUCCACCACCGCCAUAAAAAAACUCUCCUCUCAUCCACGCACCACCCCAAGCUCCGCUCUCUUCUUCGACCAUCUCCACCACCCCGACGCAUUUCUCUGCAACACCAUCAUCCGUUCUUAUCUCCGCUCUUCCAAUCCCUCCGCCGCUUUCCAUUUCUACUAUCACAGAAUGAUCGCCAAAUCAGUCCCACCGAAUCACUAUACUUUUCCUCUCAUUCUCAAACUCUGUGUUGAUCAUGGGUGUAAACUAGAAGGUGAAAAGGGUCAUGCUAGAGUUGUAAAAUUCGGGUUUUUAUCCGAUUUGUUUGUGCGAAACUCGUUGAUAAGAAUGUAUUCUGUUUUUGGAAGAAUUGAUGAUGCAAGGUUGAUUUUUUAUGAGAGUUAUGUGUUGGAUUUGGUUAGUUAUAAUACGAUGAUUGAUGGGUAUGUGAAGAAUGGAGGAAUAAGGGAUGCACGGAAACUGUUUGAUGAAAUGUAUGAAAGGGAUGUUUUUAGUUGGAAUUGUAUGAUUGCGGGGUAUGUGUCAGUUGGGGAUUUGGCUGCGGCGAAAGAAUUGUUUGAAGCAAUGCCUAAUAAAGAUGUGGUGUCGUGGAAUUGUAUGAUUGAUGGGUGUGUAAGAGUUGGGAAUGUUUCUCUUGCUCUUGAGUUUUUUAAUCAGAUGGAUGGGGUUGUUGUUAGGAAUGUGGUUUCGUGGAAUUCGUUGUUGGCUUUACAUGUAAGGAUGAAGAAUUAUGGUGAGUGUUUGAGGAUGUUUGAGAGGAUGAUGGAAAGUGGUGAAGCUAUGCCAAAUGAGGCUACUUUGGUGAGUGUACUUACUGCUUGUGCAAAUUUAGGGAAGCUGAAUUUGGGUUUGUGGGUUCAUUCUUAUAUUAAGAGUAAUGAGAUUAAACUUGAUGUUUUGCUUGAAACUUGUCUGCUAACGAUGUAUGCAAAAUGUGGGGCUAUGGAUUUGGCAAGUGAUGUUUUUGUUGAGAUGCCGGUGAAAAGUAUUGUGUCGUGGAAUUCGAUGAUCAUGGGGUAUGGUUUGCAUGGAAAUGGGGACAAAGCUCUUGAAAUGUUUGCGGAGAUGGAGAAGGCAGGUCAGAAACCAAAUGAGGCUACUUUUAUUUGUGUGUUGUCUGCUUGUUCGCAUGCCGGAAUGGUCAUGGAGGGUUGGUGGUACUUUGAUCUCAUGCGUCGUGUUUACAAGAUUGAACCCAAGGUUGAGCACUAUGGCUGCAUGGUUGACCUCCUUGCUCGAGCUGGUUUUGUGAAGAAUUCGGAAGAGCUUAUAGAAAAGGUUUCUGUGAAAGGUGGAUCUGCUAUGUGGGGUGCUCUACUUUCUGGUUGUAGGACUCACUUGGACUUGGAGCUUGCGGAGAAUGUAGCUAAAAGACUUGUUGAGUUGGAGCCUCAAGAUAUUAGUCCGUAUAUAUUACUGUCAGAUGUAUAUGCUGCUCAAGGGAGAUGGGAUGAUGUUGAACGUGUGAGAUUGGCGAUGAAAAUAAAUGGGUUACAAAAAGAAGCAGCAUCCAGCUUGGUUCAUCUUGAAGAUUUCGAAAAGGAUAGUGUACUCAAUGUUGGGUGAAUUAGGGAGAAUUUAGGAACACGAAUGAAAAUAUCCAUUGGAGAUUAAAUUGUGAAGGAAAUUGUCAUACCUAGAAAAAUGCUAGAUUAUAACAGGCUGUUGGGAGAGAAGCAGAAUGCAUGUUAUGGAGUGAUAUUGUUUUAAGGAGUGGGAUAUUGAGGUGGUAAUUAUGAAUUUGGGGGAAAAUAUGUCAGAAUAGAGACAGCCAUAGAUGAAUGGUGGGUUGUAGGAUGGAGAUGGAAUGAUGGUUAAUUUCUAAGGAUGUGAAGAAACAAAAGGAUCCAGUUGGUGCUGCAGAUAGUCCAGAUUGGUUCCCCCUAAGUUCUGGAUCUACUUAUGAAGGAUAAUUGGUCCAUUUGAAGAAUGAGUUGCUCAGUGUCUCGUAUAAAUAAGUGUCUAAUCUAGCAUAAAAUCAACGAGUGAUAAUUCAUUUUAUCAACUCUUUUUCACAGGUGAAAAUUCUUAGAACACAAUACUGUUGGAUCUUACAGAGCAUAAAUCAGUUUGAGUUUCAGGGAAAGCAAAUAACUGCUAAUAAGGAUCAAGAAAUCCAGUUAAUGCUUUUCUUUAUGUACGAUAUCAGAUUACAGACCCUAUGGCACAUUCUUACCUUGAUAAAAUGAUAUUAGAUAGCUACAUAUAUAUUCACAUCUGUAUCUCCAUAUUCAAAUAUUUCAUAAUUUAAAAUUUUCUUUUAUCGUAUC